AUGGGUGAGUCAUCUCACCAGCCAGACUUGAGGAUCGUGCUGCUUGGCUACAGAGGAUAUGGGAAGAGUUCAUCCGGAAACACCAUCUUGGGUUGUGAGCAGUUCGACACGACACAGACAACAGCUCAGUGCGUAACAGGCAAAGGAGUAAUUGCCAGGAGACAGGUGACUGUCGUAGACACACCUGGGUGGUUGUCUGGACCCCUCCACAGGACCCCGAGGCGUACCCAGAGGGAGCUGGUGUCCUGCGUGUCCCACUGUCUGCCCGGGCCACACACCUUCCUCCUCCUCCUCCGUGUGGCCGUGCCCUUCUCCGAGGUCGAUCGCACCUCCAUCCAGCAGCACCUGGAGCAUGCGAUGGGGGAGAGCCUGUGGGACCACACCAUCCUGCUCUUCACCUAUGGAGACUGCCUGGGCGGUGGAGCGACCGUCGAGCAGUACAUCGAGUGCGAGGAAGAUGGCAGCCUGCAGUGGGUUGUGGACAGGUGUGGGAACCGGUACCAUGUGCUCAGCAACGAGGAGCGCGAGGAUGAUAGCCAGGUGAUGGAGCUGCUGCAGAGGGUAGAGGAACUGGUAGCAGCGAAUGGAGGCCAUCACUACCAGGUGGACGCAGAGAGGCUGCUGGAGGCCCAGGAGAUGAAGGACGAGGAGGAGGAGAGUGUGGAGGAACGACAGAUGAGGGUGUAUAAGGACAAGAAUACGCUAAAAUAUGUCAUGGGAGAGAUAGAUAAGCUACCAGAGCUGAGCAUCAUCCUCAUAGGCUGCAGGGGAACGGGGAAGAGCUCAGCUGUGGACACCAUCCUGAACAAGAGGGAGCCUGGUGACGCUGACACACACACGACUGUUGGGACCUGCAUGGCCAGCAGCAGCCAGGCCGUGGUGGCAGGCCGGCGGGUCACAGUGGUGGACACUCCAGGCUGGCUGGCCGACGACGUCGAGGACACUCCGCAGCUCAUCAAGGCUGAGAUAGUGGGCAGCGUGUUGCUGUGCCCUCCCCCUGGACCCAGCUGUCUCCUGCUGGCCACAGAUACCAACGGGAGCUUCACGGAGGAGAGGAGGAGAGCUGCACAGCGCCACGUGGAGCUGUUUGGGGAGGGCGCGUGGCGACACGCCAUGGUGCUGUUCACGCACGGAGACUGGCUUGGAGACAUGACCAUUGAGCAGUACAUAGAGGGCGAGGGAGCGCCUCUGCAGUGGGUUAUUGAGCAGUGUGGGAACAGAUACCACGUCCUCAACAACGAAGACAGGAACAACAAUAGUCAGGUCUCAGAACUCCUGGAGAAGAUAGAGGAGAUGGUGGCGAGGAACGGUGGCAGCCAUUUUGAGAUGGACAGAGGGCGAAUGGAGAGACUGGAGAAGGACAGGAGGGAGCAGCAGAGGAGAGGGGAGGAGAGGAGGAUGAAGGUGCAGACACACAGAGAGACACUCAGAUCACUGACGGAAAAGCUUGGCAGGAUGUCACACUUCAACAUUGUGUUGCUCGGAUACAAGGGUUCUGCAAUGACUUGGACAGGAAACACCAUUCUGGGUAAACAGGAGUUUGAUUCCACUAGAAGAACCUCCCUGUGCGUGAAGAGACAGGGGGAGGUAGCAGGCCGGUGGCAGGUCACCGUGGUAGACACCCCGGGCUGGAGAAACCACCACACGCUGAUGGAGACACCCAAGCUGACAAAGAGAGAGCUGGCGUUGAGCGUGACCUUGUGUCCCCCGGGGCCCCACGCCGUGCUACUGGUGUUGCGGCUGGACUGCACCUUCAGGCAGGAGCACAGGAGGGCUGUGGAGGAGCACCUGGAGGGGCUGUUGGGGCCAGGUGUGUGGAGGCACGCCCUGGUGCUGUUCACCUGUGGGGACCGCGUAGGCAACCCAGACGUGGAGCACUUCAUCGAGAGCGAGGGAGAGCCUCUGCAGUGGGUUAUUGAGCAGUGUGGGAACAGAUAUCACGUAGUCAAUAACAAAGACAGGAACAACAAUAGUCAGGUCUCAGAACUCCUGGAGAAGAUAGAGGAGAUGGUGACGGAGAACGGCGGGCAGCCUUACAAGAUGGAAAGAGGAAAACCUCCACAGCUCUCUGCUGUUCGGCUUGUGCUUCUGGGCUGCCAGUCUUCUGGAAAGUCGUUUGCAGGAAACGCCAUUCUGGGCCGGGUGGAAUACAGCUCCACAAACGGCACCCCCCAGAGUGCAGGAGGCCACUGCAGGGACAUAGCAGGCAGGCGGGUGACGGUGAUCAGGAGCCCUGGCUAGGGCGUGGAGGUCUCCGGUAGCCAUGA